AAGGAUCCUUUCCUCUGCUAAUUAGAGCUGUAUCGGGAGGCAGAGCUCCUCGUAGUGGUCGACAUUGAAUUGAACACUAUGGUUCAAGUUCGAACCCCACCUUUCUCUCGAAAAGUAUCCGAAUCUAAUCUAUCUGGACCGAAAUUAAGUACCCAAUGAUCAAUCUAAAGUUGCAUUCCGUUGUCUGUCGGCAAAGAUCUCACCUUUUUCUGAUUUUCUUGUUCCUCUCAGAGUCUGAGAAACACCCAAUUUCUUUGGAUUCGACUCUCAGAAACCUCGGAAGGAUUUGGAACUGAAAUACCCAUCAACACCCACAGCCAGAAAGCACCCAUUAGUGGAAGAUCUGAUGCCCUUCAAAGGAUGCUGAUGAUAAUUGCAGUUCUUUGUCAAUCUGAACACUCUGGAUUCUCGAUUCAAUCCAGAAAGGGAUAGCUAAUGGCAUGGCCGUCUCUCUCCCCUCCUUCCUUAAAUCUACCCUGCUUUCCCUCUGCCUUGUCUCCUCCCUCCUCCUCUUCUUCCUCCAAAUCUCCCCAAAACACCCACUGAUUCCGCGCAGGUCGGUCCUCUCUGCUUCCUGUUCUUUUCCACAUUCAACCUCGGAAAAUGGCCUCAUCAACUACUUGUCCCUUCAUUAUUGUCUCUUCAACCAAAAUCUUUUCUUCUCAAUCACCUCCCUUUCUCUCUUCAUCCUCCUCCACUUCUACAUUCUCAUCAAAACAGCACAGACCCACUUCUCUGUUGUCACCACGAAGCUCUCCGCUCUUCUUAACCUCUCCCCUUCCAUGGCUGCUGUCACCCUCCUAGCCCUCGGAAAUGGAGCUCCAGAUGUCUUUGCCUCCCUUCACGCCGUCCGUACGGGCCAUUACCGAACUGGGUUUGGUGCAAUUCUCUCCGCGGGGACGUUUGUGUCUGCUCUUGUUGUGGGCUUCGUCGCGAUCUAUGCUGCGCCUUUUGCUGUCAACCCAGCACCGUUUGUCAGGGACGUGCUUUUUUAUUUGGUUGGGGCGUUGUUUCUGUUCUACGUGUACCUGAGUGGUGAAAUUUUUAUUUGGCAAGCUGCUGGAUUUGUGGGGUAUUAUAUAUUCUUUGUGGGGUUUGUGUUUUGGAUGGAUUUUGGGAUUGGCAGAGAAAGGGAUAAGCAGAGUUUGGAGAGGGCAAUGGUUCAAGAAGAUUGUGAGAUUGGAGAGGUUUCAAGCAGCUUAGGGGAAGAGAAAGAAGCCUUUGGGUUUCAAAGAGUUUGUGGAAUGAUCUCAAAAGUAUGGGAGGUUCCUGUUUCAUUUGCUCUAAAGCUCUCAAUUCCACAGACUUCACCUUCUGAAUGGAACAGGUUCUACCAGUCUGCUAAUAUUGCUCUUUGCCCUCUGCUGCUUUUAUAUGCUUGCAAUUCAUUCAUGCCAUUAGAUCACCCUAUAGUUUUCCUCCUUCCAAACACCCAUUUUCCUCUCUGGUUCAUAGUACUCUUUGCAAGCUCUUCUCUUGCACUACUUCACUUUAUAGUUGAAAAAGAACCUCCCAAGGGUGAGCAAAUGCCAGUGGUGGUUGUGGCUUUUAUAAUGAGUGUGUUCUGGAUAUCCACUAUUGCUGGAGAGCUUCUGAGCUGCCUGGCAGCAUUGGGAACACUUCUUGAAUUGCCUCCAGCACUGCUUGGAUUGACAGUACUUGCAUGGGGAAACUCUGUGGGGGAUCUUGUGGCUGACGUUGCAGUUGCCAAAGCAGGGCAUCCAGCGAUGGCCAUGGCUGGGUGCUUUGCUGGCCCAAUGUUUAACAUGCUUGUUGGGCUUGGAACAGCUUUGGUAAUGCAGACAGCUAAUGUUUAUCCAGAAGCUUAUACUCUUCAUUUUCACAUCGGCAUUGUCAUUGCAUUUGUUUUCUUGCUUUUGAGCCUCAUGGGAUCUUUAUUAGUUAUUACUUGGUCUAGGUUCCGGGUGCCAAGGUUUUGGGGAUUCUGCCUUGUUGGUCUAUACAUCAUUUUUACUAUUGUCAGCUUAUUCAUAGCCAUGUUUUCAAAUUAAUUAUCCUCUGUUUAACAAUAUUCAGAAGAGAUUGCUGUUUGGACUGCAUAUUUUAUAGCCAUUGAUGAAGGGGGGACCACCUCAACAUCAAGGGGCCCGUCUCUCAUCAAUGGUUAUAAGAUGUGCAGUCCGUCCAUGCAGGGUGGACUGCAGACUGCACAUCACUUUUCUGUCUUCAGAAAGCUACUAAUGUCUGCUGCUAUAAGGAUUGAGUUAGUAUGUAGAUUGGAAUAUGAGCUUUAGUUUCUUCGUUUCCAUUUUUAAAGGUUCCCAACAAAGUUUCCUGACUUAUUUGUUCAUACCUGAUCAAAGAUAAUGGCAAUCAGAACAAUUUAGUUGGUAGGGGAUUAUCUAUUUUGAGGAUCUUGUGAUUAUUUCAAACUGAGUAGACGACUACAUUGCAAUUGGUUAAUGAAAUUUCACAGUAUUU